AUGCAUAAAACUAUAAGAAAAAUUUUUGAUAGUAAAAUAUGUGAUAAAAUAGAAAAUAUGAAAAUAUUAUUAGUAGGUGCAGGAGGAAUAGGUAGUGAAUUUUUAAAAAAUAUAAUUACAAUAGGAUGCAAAAAUAUAGAUAUAAUAGACAUAGAUACAAUUGAUAUAACUAAUUUAAAUAGACAAUUUUUGUUUAAAAAAAAAGAUGUAAAAAAAUACAAAUCUGUUGUAGCUAAAGAAAGAGCUUUAAAAUAUAACAAAAAUUUAAAUAUUAAUGCUUAUACUUUUGAUGUGUGUAUAAUGAAAAGUAGUGAUAUAAAAAAAUAUGAUUACAUAAUAAAUGCUUUGGAUAAUAUUAAAGCUAGAAAAUAUGUGAAUAAAUUAUGUGUAAUGGAAAAAAAAGUUUUAAUUGAAGCAGGUAGUACUGGUUAUAAUGGUCAAGUAUAUCCAAUUUAUCCAAAUGAAACUAAAUGUUACAACUGUGAAGAAAAACCAAAAAAUAAAACUUAUGCUAUAUGUACAAUAAGACAAACCCCAACUUUACCUGAACAUUGUGUUGCAUGGGGAAAAUUAAUUUUUGAAAUGUUUUUUUGUAAAAAUGAUAAUGAAACAUUAAUUGACAUAAAAAAUCAUAUUGAAGAAGAAUCAAAAAAAAGAAAUAUGGAAAAAAUGGAAAUAAUUAUUUUUAUUUUCAAUUAUUUAUUUCAUGAUACUAUAUGUGAACUUAUUUCUUUAAAAAAGGAUUUUGCAAUUAUGCCUAUACCCAUAUUAUUUGAAUUAGAAAAUUCUAAUGAUAAUACUUGUAAUAUAGAAAAAAAUAUAAAAAGCUAUGAUAAAUCAGAAAAAAAAAAUGAAUUUGAAAAGAAUAAGAAAACAAAAAAUAAUGUAAAUAUUGAUGAAAAUAUUAAAAUAAAUGAUAAAAAUAUUCUACUUAAAAAUAAAAAAGAAGAAAAUACUAUACAAUUAUGUGCUCAAAAUAUAUGGGAUAAAAAAAAAUGUAUAGAAAUCUAUGUAAAAACCUUUUUAAAAUUAUAUAGUUAUUUAAAUAUUAAUAAAAAUGUAGAGGAAUAUUUAAUAUUUGAUAAAGAUGAUGAUGAUUGUAUUAAUUUUAUAACAGCUAUAUCUAAUUUAAGAAUGAUGAAUUUUUCAAUUAAUCAAAAAAGUAAGUUUGAUAUACAAUCAAUUGCAGGAAAUAUAAUCCCAGCAAUCUCAUCAACUAAUGCAAUAGUUGCAUCUCUUCAAGCAUUUCAAUUGAUUCAUGUUAUUGAAUACUUUGAAAUCUUAAAAUAUAAAAAUGAUGAAAAAAUUAAUUUAAGAAAUAGCAAAGCAAAACAUGUAUGGGUAAAAAGUAUUGUUAGUGGUAAUAAUAUUUUUUCAAGAGGAAAUUUAGUAAAUUCAGAAAAGUUAGAAGAACCUAAUCCUAACUGUUACAUAUGCCAGCAACCAAUGAUAGAUAUUUAUAUUAAAAAUUUUAAUGAUAUAACCUUAUAUGAUUUCAUAAAAGAUAUAUGCACAAAUGAACUAUCUUUCUUAUAUCCAUUUUUAGAUAAACAAGAUAGAAACAUAUUUGAUUAUGAUUUAUUUCUAGAAAAUGAUGAAGAUUAUAUAAAAAGUUUAUAUAAAUCAUUAAGUGAGUGGGAUAUUAAAAAUGAUGAAAUUUUGAUUUUAACUGAUUUUCAAAAUAGUAAUGAUCAGUUAGAAAUUCAUUUAAAAGAAGAUCCUACAUUAGAAAGUAUAUAUUUUAUAAAACAGAAAAUAAACAAAAAAAGAAAAGAAAGAAGUAUGAGUGAGGAAGAUAGUACCAAGAGUGCAAAAAAAAUGAGACAUACUAUUUGUGAUGAAAAAAAGACAGAUGAUAAAAAGGUAUUCCAGAAAGUAAACGAAAUUGAUGAAAUAAUAAUAGAUGAUGAGGAAAAUAAUAAUGAAGAUUUUGUAUUAAUUGAUUAA